AGGUCCGGAGGGAGCUGAGGCGGCGAGCGGCGGCGGCGGGUCUGGAGGGCCCCGGAGGUUCCGAUGACCCCGAGUGGGCCCUGGAGGAGGAGGUGCAGGAGGUGGGCGAGCGGCUGGACUGGUGGGACCUGGCGGUGAGUCUGGGUGCCGUACGGCGGCUGGGCGCCACCUGCCAGGCGGUGCUGGGGCCCCGCCACUGGGCCACCAACCGCUGCCGCUACACGGUACUGGAGCUGUGUACGGCAGCACUCAACCGUACGACAGGCGCGGGGGGCAGCAGCAGAGGUGGAGGGGCGGGAAGUGUGUUUGGAGGAAGUAUAGUUGAC